UCAAUAAAUAUCUCUACUAGGUUUAUUCUUCUAAGGCUCUUUAUUCUCAUUAUGUCGAUCAAAAGUGUGAUUUCACUCCUAAUGGUUGUAUGCAUCAUAGCCUCCGUAAAUGCUCAGCUACCACGGCUUCCGAUUCCCUUUCCUUUUCCAUUUCAACCAAGUCCUGGUAUGCCAGGAUUACUACCUGACAUAACAAAAUGUUGGUCAUCAGUGAGGAAUAUCCCCGGAUGUAUCGCAGAAAUUUCUCAAUCGAUAUUGAUUGGACAAAUCGGCAAUAUAGGUCCUGCUUGUUGCAAGGCAUUUCUAGAAGCUGAAGCCAACUGCAUCCCAAAGUUUCCAUUCAGUCCAUUUUUUCCUCAUAUCAUUAAGGACCAUUGUUCAAGAAUUGUUGGAGCAGUUCCUCCUACAACAAAAUAG